CCUCAGAUGUUGUUUGAUCAGACUCAGAGAGCCAUCAGCCAGCAGCUGACCAACCUCUGUACACAGUUCCUGCCCCAGCUGGUGGAGACCAGGAGGGAGUUUGCUCGGAUCGGAGAGGAUCUGGAUACGGCGGCGGUGAAGAACGCUCAGGUGUCUCGCCACAAAGCUGGCGAAGCCGAGCGGGCGAGUCAUCUGCUGCUCGCCACACGCAAAUGCUAUCAACACUUUGCCCUGGACUACUGUCUGCAGCUCAACACCUUCAAGACUCAGCAGAGACUCGACAUCUUAAACUCUGUGUUCUCCUUCGUCCAUGCUCAGUUCACCUUCUUCCACCAAGGCUUCGACCUGCUCAGGGACCUGGAGCCCACCAUGAAAACGAUGGCAGCCCAGCUAUCGCAGUUAUCAACAGAUUGUGCAGCUAAAAGAAAAGACCUGGAGAACUCACACCUGCUGGUCCAGCAGAGAGAUGCUUCCGGAGAGCCAUUGGUCAGCCCGUGUCCCGAGAGUGAUGACAUCAUCCAGGGUUACCUCUUCAAACGCUCCAGGAGGAAAUCCAAAACCUGGAAGAGAUGCUGGUUUUCCAUCAGAGACAACCAGCUCUUCUACAGGAAGUCACACAAGGUACAUUUAAGUGAUGACCUUAUUGUGAAAACCGCCGCCAGCAGAGGAGAACAACAGCUU